CGGUAAGCAAGUGAAGGCAUCACGAGCUACAUUUCUCACACCUGCUGUCAAUACCAGUGAGAAAAAUGCUGAAAACUUCAAAGAAGACAACAGCUCGGUCACUUCCAGAUAUUCUCUCUCUCUCUCGCCAUUUCUAUGACACUGCCCUUUUGUCGCUGUGGACAAUAUAAUCUGGUAUAAGACUAUGAUAAUAUAGAAGCAUGUUUCACUUAAUUAAGAAAGACAAGAAGGAGGAGAAGGACUUGGGCAAGAAGGAGAAGAAAGAACGCAUGUCCCAGGCGGAGUUAAAGAGCCUGGAAGAGAUGAGCAUACGUAGAGGCUUCUUCAACCUCAAUCGAGGGAGCUCUAAGAGGGACUCCAGGAGCAAGUUGGAAAUCUCUAGUCCCAUCCCCAUUAAAGUCGCUACCAACGCGGAGCUGAGCCUCACGGACCUGGAAGCCGAGCGCCUUCACCACCCGUUGCAGGAUGUUGGGAGAAUGAGUGCAAGCGUCUCCAGCGACGAUGUGAAGGUAAAGGAGGCGGACCGUCAUGGCAGCUCUGUAAAGGAGAGCGCAACCAAGUUUGGGGAACUGGCCGGCUUGAAUUCGGCGGUCGGCCAGAGGCACGUGUCUUUUUCCCAGAAGAGCUGCGAGGACGACGCUUUGGAGGCCUCGGAUCUUGCCGGGGAGAACUGGACGACUUAUUUGAAGUCCUGCUCCGACCCCAAAAGCGCCUUCGUGGUUGACGUCCCUCAGAUGGUGGAGAAGACGUUCCCAGGAGCAGACCUCCAGUUGCCCGAGCUUGUCCCACCGCCAAUACCGGAGCCGAGGGAGCUGGAGCUGCAGCGGCGCAACACUGGGGACUUUGGCUUCUCUUUGAGGAGGACCACCAUGCUGGACAGGCAGCCCGAUGGAGGGGUGUGUCGGCGCGUGGUGCACUUCGCCGAACCGGGGGCCGGGACCAAGGACCCGGCUCUGGGCCUGGUGCCAGGAGACAGGCUGGUGGAAAUCAACGGGACCCACGUGGAGACCAAGAGCCGGGACGAGAUUGUGGAGAUGAUCCGUCAGUCCGGAGAGUCCGUCCGGCUGAAGGUGCAGCCCAUUUGGGAGCUGAGCGAGUGUAACCGCAGCUGGCUGAGGACCGCCGAGGGGCCCCACAAACCCCUCUUUGAUGGAAAGACUGAGGAGCAGAUAACGGCAGAGAGAUCCUGGUACAACACUGAGAAAGUAUGGCUCGUCCACAAGGACGGCUUUUCCAUGGCAACUCUUCUGAAGACGGAGGCGGGCAGCCUGCCAGAGGGGAAGGUGAAAAUCCGCCUGGAGAGUGACGGAUCUUUAUUGGAUGUGGAUGAAGACGAUGUAGAAAAGGCAAACCCGCCCGUGUUUGACCGAGUGGAGGACCUGGCCUCUCUGCAGUAUUUGAACGAGUCGAGCGUGAUGCACUCCCUGAGGCAGCGGUACGGCGGUAACCUGGUGCACACCCAUGCUGGGCCCAACAUGGUGGUCGUCAACCCCAUUAGUGCCCCUUCGAUGUACUCUGAAAAGGUGAUGCAAAUGUUCAAGGGCUGCAGAAGGGAGGACACUGCCCCUCACAUUUACAGCGUGGCCCAGAUUGCCUAUAGGAACCUUCUGACCACUCGACAGGAUCAGUCCAUCGUCCUGCUGGGCAAGAGUGGGAGUGGCAAGACCUCCAACUGCCAGCACAUCAUCCAGUACCUAGUUGCCACUUCUGGCAGCACCAACAAAACAUUCUCCUCAGAGAAAUGGCAGGCGGUGUACACGGUUUUGGAAGCAUUUGGCAAUGCGUCUACCUGUAUGAAUGGGAAUGCCAGUCGCUUCUCCCAUAUUGUUUCCUUGGACUUUGACCAGGCAGGCCUGGUGACCUCAGCCUCUAUUCAGACUAUGCUUCUGGAGAAGAUGAGGGUGACAAGAAGACCAGAGGGAGAGUCCACUUUUAAUGUAUUUCACUACCUGAUAUCUGGAGGAGACAGCUCUCUUAGAACGGAGCUGCACCUUAAUCACUUUGCUGAAAACAAUGCAUUUGGAAUAAUGCCUCAAACAAAGGCUGAGGAUAAGCAGCGGACCUCCCAGCUGUUUUCCAAGCUGCAAGCAGCCAUGAAAGUCCUGGGGAUCAGUGGUGAUGAGCAGAGAGCCUUCUGGCUCGUCCUCGGGGCCAUCUACCAUCUGGGGUCUGCAGGAGCUACAAAGGCUGGCAGGAAACAAUUUGCACGUCACGAGUGGGCCCAGAAGGCUGCCUACCUGCUGGGCUGCACCCUGGAGGAACUCUCCUCCUCCAUCUUCAAGCACCAGGCCAAGGGCACCCUGCCCAGAGCCAGCUCCAUCCGCCAGGCUCCGGACGAAAAUGGCACAGCAGAUGCAGGAUCCAAGGCCUCCGCCAUGGAGUGUUUAGAGGCCAUGGCGUCGGGGCUUUACUCGGAACUCUUCACAACCAUCAUCUCUUUAAUAAACCGGGCUUUGAAAUCCAGCCAGCACUCCCUGUGCUCCCUGCUCAUUGUGGACACGCCGGGCUUUCAAAACCCCAGGCUGGCAAAGCGCGAGUGCGGCGCAACCUUUGAGGACCUCUGCCACAACUACACCCAAGAACGGCUGCAUUCCCUCUUCUAUCAGCGCACCUUUGUUCAGGAGUUGGAGAGAUACAAAGAUGAGAACAUCGAGCUUGCUUUAGAUGACACAGAACCCAGCACCUCCUCGUCGGUGGCCGUCGUAGACCAGACCUCAAGCCAAGCGCUGGUGCGGCCGGUGCGUACUGAUGAUGCCCGGGGCCUGCUGUGGCUGAUGGAGGAGGAGGCGCUGCAGCCCGGGGGGUCAGAGGAAACCCUGUUGGAACGUCUCUUUAGCUACUACGGACCUGCUGAGGGGGAGAGCAAAGGUCACACUUUCCUCUUGAAGAGUGAAAAGCAUCGUCAUUUCCUGCUGGGCCACAGUCACGGGACUGACUGGGUGGAGUACAAUGUGUGCGGGUGGCUGAACUACGCCAGGCAGAAUCCUGCGUCCAGCAACGCUACAAACCUGCUGCAGGACUCCCAGAAGAAGAUCAUCAGCUCGUUGUUCAUGGGCCGCGCUGCUGGAGCCACCGUGCUGUCCGGCUCCAUCGCGGGCCUCGAAGGCGUUUCCCAGCUAUCCUUGCGACGGGCCACCAGCAUGAGGAAGACCUUCACCACAGGUGUGGCUGCCAUGAAGAAGAAGUCCUUGUGCAUCCAGAUAAAGCUGCAAGUGGAUGCCCUCCUUGACAUGGUGCGGAGGUCCAGGAUUCACUUUGUUCACUGUAUAUUGCCAAAGGCAGAUGCCCUCAAGGCUCUGAGUGGAUCCCUGUUCAAAGGAGGGGAAUGUGAGGCUCAAGGGGAGACUGGAGAUCCCGGCUUAAUGCAGCUCGAUGUAGCCUUGCUCCGUGCCCAGCUGCGCGGCUCCAAGCUGCUGGAUGCUCUGCGGAUCUACAGGCAAGGUUACCCCGAUCACAUGGUGUUCUCGGAGUUUCGACGGCGCUUCGACGUGCUGGCACCGCACCUCACCAAGAAGCAUGGGAGGAAUUACAUUGUGAAAGACGAGAAGAGAGUGAGUCAAUCAACGAAGGAAGGGAAAGAUCGUUUGAAGAAGAGCAGCUACCACAUGGGUCUCAGUAGGCUGUUCUUCAGAGCCGGUACCUUGGCGAAGCUGGAGGAGCAGAGGGAUGAGAAGACCAGGCGUAAUUUCACCUUGUUCCAAGCUGCCUGCAGGGGCCACCUGGCACGGCAAGCCUUCAAGAAGAGGAAGAUUCAGGACCUUGCAAUUCGUUGCCUCCAGAAAAACAUCAAGAAGAACCGCGGCGUGAAGGACUGGCCAUGGUGGAGGCUCUUCACCACAGUGCAGCCCCUCAUUAAGGUCCAGCUCACCGAGGAGCAGAUGCGAGGCAAAGACGACGAGAUACAGCAGCAGAAAUCGAAGCUGGAAAAAGUGGAGAAAGAGCGGAAUGAGCUGCGACUGAACACUGAUCGAUUGGAGAGCAGGAUCUCAGACUUGUUGGCAGAACUGGCUGACGAGAGAAGCACCGGUGAGUCCGCAUCCCAGUUGUUGGAGACAGAGACUUCAGAGAGACUCCGCCUGGAGAAGGAAAUGAAGGAUCUACAGGCCAAGUUUGACAGCAUGAAGAAGAAAUUAGAAUCACAGGAGUUGGAGCUGAUAGAAGUUCGGCUCAUGAAGACGUCAGACCUCAACGGCCAGAUGGAUGAUGACGACGAUGAUGCUGGAGGCGAGUGGCGGAUAAAAUACAACCGAGCCAUUCGUGAAAUGGACUUCACCAAAAAGAAACUCCAGCAGGAGUUUGAUGAAAAGUUGGACACAGAGCAGCAGAGCAGAAGACAACUUGAGAGAAGGCUGGCUGAUUUGCAGACAGAUAAUGAGGAUGUGCAGCGCUCUGUGCAGCAGCUGAAAAGGAAGUGCCAGAAACUGACAGCGGAGCUGCAGGACACCAAGCUUCACAUGGAGGGCCUGCAAAGUCGCAACCAUGAUCUGGAGAAAAAACAGAGGAAGUUUGACCUGGAGCUGAACCAGGCUCAGGCUGAGGUACAACGAGAAAGGAGCCAGAGGGAGAAGCUGGCUCGAGAGAAAGACUUAAUGACUGGUGAGAUGUUUAACCUCCGCCAGCAGCUGCAGGACAAGGACGUUGAAUUGUGUGCAGUGAAUAUGAAGGUACAGCAGCUGGAGGCCGAGCUAAAGGAUCUCUCCUCCCAGGAGUCAAAAGAUGAAGCGGCGCUGUCCAAGGUCAAAAAGCAACUUCGUGAACUCGAGGCUAAAGUGAAAGACCAGGAGGAGGAGCUGGAUGAACAGGCUGGAACCAUCCAGAUGCUGGAGCAGGCUAAGCUGCGCCUUGAGAUGGAGAUGGAGAGGCAGCGGCAGACCCACUCCAAAGAUAUUGAGAGUAAGGACGAAGAGGUGGAGGAGAUCAGGCAUUCCUGCAGCAAGAAGCUGAAACAGAUGGAGGUGCAGCUGGAGGAGGAGUAUGAAGACAAGCAGAAAGUGUUGCGUGAGAGACGAGAGCUGGAGUCCAAACUGCUGAGCGCCCAGGACCAGGUGAGCCAGAGGGAUGUGGAGACCGAGAAGAGGCUGAAGAAAGACCUGAAGAGAACAAAAGUCCUCCUGGCUGAUGCGCAGGUAAUGCUGGAACACCUGAAGAGUAACGCCCCCAGCAAGAGGGAGAUCGCCCAGCUCAAAAAUCAGCUGGAGGAGUCCGAGUUCACUUCAGCGGCAGCAGUGAAGGCUCGGAAGAGCAUGGAGCUUGAAAUAGAGGACUUGCAUAUUCAAAUGGAGGAUGUGGUCAAAGCCAAGAUCACGUUGGAGGAGCAGGUCAGCCGUCUGCAGAGAGAGAAGAAUGACCUGCAGUCCCGAAUGGAGGAGGAUCAGGAGGACAUGAAUGAGCUGAUGAAGAAACACAAAGCUGCAGUUGCCCAGUCUGCCAGGGACUUGAGCCAGAUCAGUGACCUGCAGGCUCAACUGGAAGAGGCCACGAAGGAGAAGCAGGAGAUCCAAGAAAAGCUUCAUUCGCUGCAGAGCCAGCUGGAUUUCCAAGAACAGUCCAUGGUGGAAAAGUCUCUUGUGUGCCGUCAGGAGGCCAAGAUCCGUGAGCUGGAGACCAAGCUGGAGUACGAGAGGACACAAAUCAAACGCAUGGAGAGCCUGGUGGGUCGUCUAAAGGAGAACAUGGAAAAGUUGACAGAGGAGAAAAAUCAACGGAUUGCUGCGGAAAACAGGGAGAAAGAUCAGAACAAGCGAAUGCAGAGGCAGAUAAGGGACAUGAAAGAAGAGAUGGGAGAGCUGUCGAAGAAGGAGGCCGAGGCGAGCCGGAAGAAGCACGAGUUGGAAAUGGACAUCCAGAGCUUAGAGGCAGCGAAUCAGAGCUUACAAGUGGACCUUAAGCUGGCCUUCAAGAGGAUAGGUGACCUGCAGGCUGCCAUAGAGGACGAGAUGGAGAGUGAUGACAAUGACGACUUAGUCAACAGUUUGCAAGACACGGUGACAAAAUAUCAGAAAAGAAAGAACAAAACUGGGGACGAGGCAGAAACCGAUUCUGAGGUGGAGGACCGCGUGGACGGGGUGAAGUCUUGGCUCUCGAAGAACAAAGGCUCCACAAAGACCUUGUCGGAUGAGGGAAGUUUGAAGAGCACCAGAUAUUCAGCAAAUGCUGACACACAGGAGGUGAAAGAGGGUAAGGAGAAGAUGAAUGACGGCGGUAAAGACGGGAGAGAAGUAGAGCAGAGCAGAUCAAUGUCUGUCAUGAGUUCCUUAAGCUACAGGAAGCGUUCCAACCUAAAAGACUCUAUAGGGGGGACAGGCGAUGACAGCUCCCUGUUCAGCACUCUCAAAGAACAGCCUGACGGACCGGACCAGGCCUCCAUGCGCAAAGCUAAGUCGAAGUCUGGCGUAAACCAGGAGGAUUGGAAGAAGAGCCAGGCGCAGGAAGACUUGGACGACAAAGGCUCCGUCAUCUCCCUGGCCUAUUCUGAGGCCACCAGCAGAGCCAGGAAGGGCCUGGAGUCCCGCUGGGCCGCCCGCAGCAGCCCGGAAUUUGACAAGGACUCCACGGUGUCCUCGUUGGCUCCCAGCAGGAUGUCCACCAGAAGGGAACUGCUGGACACGGACGACGACAAUAAGUCGACUGUCAGCAGCGUGAGCCGCGCCAGCCCCCGGUCGCUGUCUCGCAGCAGCUCCUGGAAAGAGGACAGACGCGGCGGCUCGCGCAUGUCCGUCGCCCGCAGCUGCGGCCUCAGUGAAUUCGGCCUGCGCGUGGACGACGACGACGACGGCCACAGUGUGGCUUUCACCGAGGGCGGGAGAUCCUCUUUCAGUCCCCGCUCCUUCAGUCGUAGCUUUUCUACCCCGGCCCAACCGCGCUCCUCCGACCGAAAUCCGCCGGAUUCAUCGGACAUCAAGACGGUCACCCACCGCAACUACCUGGACCCCGACUUGGAGGCCGCCAUCAAUGAGGUGCUGAGCUUCAAGCCUAUUAAGUUCAAGCGCAGCAAGCUCGACGAGUCAAGUGGAGAGGAAGAGGAUGAGAAGAAGGGGUUAGGAAGCCAGGACGGAAGGAAGAGGGGAGAAGACGGGGGGCUCGGCUGCAGCACAGCCAGCCUGCUUCGCUCGGCGUCAGGCUCCGCUCUGGACUACGCGCACCGUCCGGCUAGCACCCUCAGCACCAGCAGCUCCCGCAGUCGGAAAGACAAGAAAAGCAAAGUCUCGCCGUCCGACUCUUCCUCCUCCUCCUCCUCCUCCUCCUCAGACGACCGGCACAGCAGAAAGAGCUCAAGGGUGAAGAAGGCCAAGAAGUCCAAGAAGAGAUCUAAGAAGAAGCAAAGCAAGUCAGAUGAUUCAUCUUCCUCCUCCAAGUCGUCUUCCUCCUCCUCCUCCUCCUCCAACUCGACCAUCUCCUACCGCAGCUCCAGCAGUGUCAAAAGGGCCCCGGAAAAAAACUCUGACGAUGAUGAGCCACAGCCUGCGGGUCGGGGGCCAUCGAGUAAAAAGGAUUCCAAGAAGAAGCAGAAGAAGGUGGAAAGCCUGGUGAUGAAGUACCGCUAUAAGCCCGACAGUGACUGACGCGGAUGGUGGAAGACACCUGAGUCUCUGCAGAUCUGACGAAGAGGAUGAGGUGGACAGAGACGCCGGCAGGGAGUCGACCGGGCCGAGCGGCAGACAAGGCACACCGGCAGAGAGCACAUCGUAGCCCCGACUCGGGCCAACUCGCGCUUCCCAGUGACAUCAGACACACAGAGGCGAACAAUUCUUGUUCAUGGCAUGGACAGACGCACAAAAGAUAUAUAAUAUAAUAUAAUAUAUAUAUAUAUAUAUAUAUAUAUAUUAUUAUAUUAUAUAUUAUAUAAUAUAUAUAUAUAUAUAUAUAUAUUCCUAUUACACUUAAACUUCUUAUUACACUUAAUCACAUAACAAAGUGAUGCUGCCUCCAUGUGCUGUUGUGUCAUUUAACACCGCAUAUUGAAUAAGUUAGUUCAUACGGAGCAGGGAAGUUCUAUCAGAAGAAUGUCCUGCUCUACUUAAUUUAUAAGAGUAGCUUUUCAGGCAAAUAUGUGCCCUCUUCUGCACUAUCCCGACUUUUCAGAUAGCUUGGCAAAGAGGAUUUAGAUAAGCCCGCUCUGGCUUCGCUCCUCCAACAAGGUCUGACUGGCCAUCAACAUCCCCCCCUCCUCACACCCCCAUCAUUGUGGACUGCAGCACUUGGGAGAAGUUGGCCCCUUUUUUCAGUUAAAUCUCUUGGUCGGUCUAUAAUUAGGGGAGGCUCGGUCAUGAUUGCUGUCAUCAAAGUGCGAUCAUUUUUAGGAAUUACAUUUCUAUUCGAGCCAAGCUGUUAGAUGUGAUGCAUAUGUUUGAAAAUGAUUUUAAUGUGUAUUUAUAUGGUAUACAUAGAUAUAUAAUAUAAUUUAUGCGGAAUAUGAAGAAGAUACAAAUUAAGAUUGUUUUAAACCUCGUGACUGAAACACUAUUAAAAUAAGGCUUAUGUCAUAUUUCAUGCCACAAUAAUUUUGUUCUUUUUGAGGCUUUUCUGCGCUUUUGUCUGCUUGUGUUGGAUUUCUCAAGUUCAAAGGGAAUGUGUUUGUUUGCUAUUUUAAAUUAGCUUUCCUUAGAGCUGUCGAGACCAUGCACAUUUACAGAUGCAUUUUCUUUUCUCAGAAUGCACAAACUCUGGACCUCAUAUCAUAAAUUAAAGCUCCUUUUAAUGUCAAAUACAAUAACAGAAUAAUUUCAGAAGGAUGAUUUAUUUUAAAGGUUCAUUUGCUUGUUUCUCUUACAUGGUUGCAAUAUUGGCUCAAGCAGUACAAUAAUAAUACCCUUUUCAGGACAAAAUGGUUCUUUAAAUUGUAAGUUGCCAAACACAUUUUUUUUUAAACUGGUAAUUUCUGCAUUUGAGAAAAUUUGGGUUAUUGGAGGUUCUGUUCAUGAUCAUGAAUAAGUAGCUCUCAUGUUGUUAUUGAGCUAUUCCCAGACUGUUUUGGCCGGGUCGUCCACGUCAGACUAUUCAUUUAUUUGUACUCGAUUAGUCUACUCAGUAUUAGAAAACUGCCAAAAGCUCUGUUAAUUCAAAGCCUGUCUGCUCUUAUAUUUAGAGAUAUUUUUUAUUUUUAGCUUUCCACCCAUGAACCUCGUUGGUAUUCUCUAUUUUUGGCCUCGCAGAUGAUUCUGAGCUUGUGAAUUUAAAACUGUUUUCAACUCGCAUGUAGGUAGAUUAAAAUGAGAAAGCAUAUACAGAAUAUGUGCAUGUCUGCCUGUGUGCAAAAGAAAAGCGUGUCUGACUUCACAUUUACAUAUCUUCUCAGAAAAGGCUAAUCUGCAUUUCUUGUCUUAUUUUCUCCUUUUUUUUUGCUUCACAUGAAUAUUAAUGUGGAGCACAGGAAACUUUGAUGUCAGUGAUUUAAAAUAGACUUGUUAACUGGAAAAAACUAAAACGCUUUGAGUUGCAUUGCCUCAAAGUUGGAGUUGCUGAUCAUGUAAGUUGAAUAAGUUUGUACACUUUGUACACAAAAGGCUUGCCUAUUUUGGUUAUUCAACGGAUCCGUCAUGAUGUGAGUGUAGGUUUUUUAAAUAAUAAAUGUGUCUGUUUGUUUCCAGAA